AUGAUAGGUCCGCGGAGCCAUGCAGUAAACUCCGUCCCCGCAUUGUCAACGAAGUCGACCAGAAUUGACCGUGCAAAUAGCUUUGGCCAGCAACUUCGGACUUCUUUACUCAAGGACUACCUAUAUUAUUACAUCGCCUACGAUGACCUCAAGUCUGCCCUUAGACCUGCAUACGAAACAGAUCCCACCCCGGAGAAUCCUCGCCCGCAUCGCCGCGAAUGGAUCGAAGAGGACGAGAAGGCCUUUGUGUCUCAGCUCGAAGGGGAGCUUGACAAAGUCUUCACCUCCCAGCGCGUUAAAGCAAGCGAGAUUGUGCGAAGAAUCAAAGCUAGUGAAAAGGAAGUCAAUGAAGUCGUUUCGAGAUUGGUCCAGGGAGGGUCUCGACGACCACUCAAUGACGCCAGUGAGAGAGAUGAGGAGGUAGAAGACAUUCCCAAGGAGGAAGAUUUCUUGCUGUUAGAAGAGGACUUGAGCGAUAUUAUUGCCGAUGUACAUGAUUUGGCCAAGUUCACCCAAUUGAAUUACACAGGGUUCCAGAAGAUCAUUAAGAAGCAUGACAAGCAAACCCAAUGGAUUCUCAAGCCAGUAUUUGCUGCCAGGCUGAAAGCCAAACCCUUCUUCAAAGAUAAUUAUGAUGCCUUUGUCGUCAAGUUGUCAAGGCUCUAUGACCUUGUGCGGACCCGAGGCAGUCCGAUAACGGGUGAUAGUUCGGCUGGAGGGGGCCAACAGAAUUUUGUUCGACAGACAACGAAAUAUUGGGUUCAUCAAGAUAACAUCACUGAAUUGAAAUUGAUCAUUCUGAAGCAUUUGCCAGUCCUCGUUUUCAAUGCAAGCAAGGAAUUUGAGACGAAGGAUUCUGCCAUAUCUUCAAUAUAUUAUGACAAUACCGAUACUUGGGAACUCUACACCGGGAGGUUGAAAAAGACGGAAGGUGCUGAAGCUAUACGACUCCGGUGGUACGGAGGGAUGGAAACGGAAACUAUCUUCGUAGAGAGGAAGACACACAGAGAGGACUGGACGGGCGAAAAAUCGGUGAAGGCACGCUUCUCUUUGAAAGACAAGAAUGUCAAUGCUUUCUUGAGUGGCAAAAUGAGAGCAGAGACUGUUUUCGAAAAGGCGAGGAAGGAGGGAAAGAAAAGCGAGAAAGAGAUCUCAGAUCUGGAGCAGCUAGCACGAGAAAUCCAGUACCGUGUGAUCUCCCGGCAGCUAGUCCCAGUCACACGCUCGUUCUACAAUCGCACAGCCUUUCAAUUACCGGGAGAUGCGCGCGUUCGUAUCUCGUUGGAUACUGAAUUGACAAUGGUACGAGAAGACAAUUUGGACGGCCGGCAACGGGCCGGUAAGAAUUGGCGGAGAAUGGAUAUUGGCGUUGACUUUCCUUUCUCACAAUUGCCAGCCGAAGAUGCCGAGCGGUUUCCGUAUGCUGUCCUGGAAGUCAAGCUCCAAACCCAGGCCGGACAGGAUCCGCCUGAAUGGGUCCGAGAAUUAAUAGGCAGUCACCUAGUGGAAGCAGUGCCCAAAUUCAGCAAGUUCAUACAUGGGACAGCGAUUCUGAACCCCACUCGCAUACACCUGAUCCCAUUCUGGAUGCCACAAAUGGACGUCGACAUCAGAAAACCCAUUACACGCCGAUUUGGCAUUGAAAGACCCAAUCAAUCUACCACCUAUUCUACGAGCGAUGAUAUAGAUGACGAUUCGGAUGAUGAUGCUGAUGAUCAAGGCGCUGACGAGGAUGGCACUAACAAGGGUCCCGAAUCACGGGGUACUAAGGCCACCUCUCUAGACGACGCAGCAAAUAGUGACGCGGAUCUUGAACGUCUACGCCAAGACCGGGAUGCUAUGGAGGAGCUUGCCAUGGCACGAUCGGCCGAUCCUACGGCAAACGAUCUUGAUAUUGAAGAACGCAUCGCGGCCCAGCCGCUACUGCAAGAUCCGGACGAUUACCCUCUUUAUGACAGCGAAGAUGAAGACGCUUCCACAGACGAUCUCUCGGUCACAAAGAAAUCGCGGCCGUUGUAUUACUAUUGGGUGAUCUUCAAACGCCACGUCGCACUUGCAGGAUCGAAAACCGUCUCAGCUUUAUACUACAUUACACCUACUCCGAAACCCACCCCACUGCCGCCUGCAGCUGCGCCGACGGGUUUCGGAUCUGUUCUCGCUACAUCGCUGCAAGCUCGUCGGUUCAAAGCUCCGCCAGGGAAAAAAUCCAUGUACCUGUCCGAGUCGAGCCGAAAGUGUACUUUGCCACGGAGCGCACCUUCUUGUCAUGGCUUGAAUUUAGCAUCAUUUUGGGGUCCAUUGCCGCCACACUACUGA